AAAAAAACGUCAAGUUACAACGCCGUGUGAACCGUGACGGUUCAGCGAUAGAAAAACGACCUAAAAAAUCUACUACGGUUAACCUACGAAAUUACACCUGAUAGUACGAUCCGAGACAGAACCCCUAGCACCCGAAAAUCGUCGUGCCCUCGAUGCACUUGCCCGUCGCCGUCAUUCGUCCCUAUCGUCCCUUUCUACACGCAGCUUCCGUCCCAGCCGCUCAUCCCUUGUCCGCCGUCACCGCCGGUCAAUCCCUUCGACGCCGCCAUCCGAGUGCAAAUACAGGAAGAUCCCGUAUCAUCCGUCGCUGAUCAUCGGAUCUGGACAGGCGAUUGCAAAGUCAUGAGGAUCCCGCAUGAUCCCUCUGAGUGCCCAUGAUAUGGACCGGCGUGGGACGAAACAGCUGAUUUCUACUCUAGGAGUUUGGGGCUAGUGACGGCCCUCGGAGACGGUGUCAUCAGUAGCAGCAUCUGCCAAGGAUCUCGAGUCUGCAGCUCACAACCGGAUCACAUGCAAAAAGUGACACAAACAAAAAGGUGCGUAUGGGUAAUUCAAGAAGCAAGGCGGUUGAUCAGCAACCAGAAGAGGACGUUACUACGGACCUUACAAGCUCUAUAAUAGUUGAAGAUAACAAUGCAAGCAUCAUACAUGUAUCUCAAAACAUUGGGGAAAAUUCAGCUACUGUUCCAGAUGGAUCAAUGUCGUUUUCGGAUGGAGAGCACAAUGAGGCUUGCUUCACAGCUCCGAGUAUACUGAAUUUGGAUUUUAGCACAAAUCAAGAUGAUGGAACAAGUCCGCUACGGAUUAAAGACCAUCAUGAUGGUUCGUUGUUGGGUUCCAAUAAUCUAACUCUCGAUUGUGGCACAAAUGUAGAUGGCCACAAUAGUAUUGGCGGUGAACCUCCAAACGAUGAUAUCGAUGGUGCGACAAAGCUAACAGACGACAUCAGAUCCAUAGAUCUAAGUCAUAUAACAAAUGAACACCUCAACACACAAAGGCGUGCAGCUUAUCAUAAGAAAAAAGUACAAGACAAUGUGUUGUUGCAGGAGGUUCAACAGCCCUGCUUGUCGAAAUCUGACCAGAGGGAACUUAACAAUGCGUGGAGGCGGGAAUCUUAUCGAAUUAGCAAGACAAAUGGUUUGAAAAAACAACAAGUCGAUGGCCACAUUGUUCAACGUCGUACCCUAGGUGAUAUCACGAAUGUCCGUCAACCUACACAUGUGAUCUCGGGUACAUCAAUUACUCAUUGUUUAUCAAUUUUCAUGCGUGGCGUCCCCUUGGUAUAUCAUAAAAGAUUACUGACCUACCAUGUUGAAUCAGAGGACAACAAUGUCACCAAAGAGAAUGUGGCAAUAACCGAAGAAGAUCGCAAAAGAGAUCAUAGAAACGCCCUCAGGAGAGCAUCUUAUCGGAGGAAAAAAGAUCAGGGUCUCCAAGAAAAUAAUCUCCGCACCCUUAAUUUAACUGACAACCCAACUAGCUCCGCCUAUACAACAUUAUCGCAUACUGAUUCAGCAUUUACUGCUACAACUACGGAGACAUCUUGUCUGGUUAAUGACAAUGAUCUACAUGACGUUGACGAGAAUAUACUUGAAGAAACAAAUCAUAUAACCGAGGAAGAUCGCAAGAGAGAUCAUAGAAAUGCUCUUAGGAGAGCAUCUUAUCGGAGGAAAAAGGAUAAGAUAUUAGCAGAUGAAAAUCUACGGCCACUAUCUAAUUCAGCUGGAGGUAUACUCGAUCAACUUGAGCUACGCAAUGCAGUUCAAUAAUCAGCCGUCGUAUUGGCACCAUCAUCGCGCUUAUGGUUUUUCUACUAUCGUUUUUUAUGGCAAUGUACAUGUCACACAACGUAGUAUUUAGUGUGUAAUAUGUGAUCCAGAUCUAAUGAUUGGCCUGCUAAAUACCUUGGACAUGCAAUGAACUUUUUGAAUUAAGGCAAGUUAUCAUAACCGUUCUUAUUUUUUUGGUAAUUUGAUACUAUGCUUGACUGUAAAUUUAUUGGUGUCCUUAUUAUCUAUCUAUUAUUCUGAACAGAGUGGCUCCUGGUGCCGCCACGCCUUUGAUCUCCUCCGCCAAUCCACUACGAUCCUACUAAUCCGUGUUACAGGUUCGUUCAUUUUCAUCCAUUGUUUUUCUCAAAUCGAUCAGAACAUAGUGGCUUUUCUGGAUCUGCACUUUUCAGGCAGGGAGGCCGACGCGGGUGUGGGAUUGCUGGUUUAUGCUGCUCCGUAUGGCAGAUAGAGCGUGUGUCUGUGAGAAAGGCGCAAGGGCCAGAGCAGCUCUAUACAUGUGUGUAAUUUUGAUGCCGACGAGCAGCAGCAGCCAGGCCUCACGUGUUGAGAGAGAUAGAGAGAUGAGCUAUAAUUUUUAAAUACUGAAUGAUCCCACUGAUCUGUUGCUUCUGCUAAUGCAUUAGCAUAGAGCAUUUGCCUAAUUACGUUGCUGCUAAUGCAUACGCAUAAAUAGACAACAGUAUGUUGUUUGCUAGCUAUCGGAGCGUGUACUUCUACUAUUAUUACGAGACGUGCUCUACUAUUGUUUCUCA